AUGAGAAACCCUUCCCCUCCACCUUUCGAAGAACACCCGAGAACCACAAGAGAUGAAGGCGAGGGCAGGACUAAACGACUUUUUGACGAGGUCGUUAGAUGGGGCGUCCUUUUUAGAACCCACAGACCUGAUCAUGCAGAAGCCCGGAGCAUUGUGCCACGUCAAAUCAGCUUCGACUCCAUGUCAGAGUCCGGCCUUACAGACGAACAACUUAUUCCCGAACUUAGAUCCAUUAUUACGAAGAGUACUAACUUGACGUCUCGAGACUUUUUAGGAUUUCCUGAUGUUACUAUGUGCCCUGCUGCAGUUGGGGCAGCCCCCUUGAUACCACUUUUGAACCAAAACAUGGUAAACCCAGAGACUUGUCCGCCAGAAGCAACCUUUGUGGAGAUGGAAGUCAUACACUGGUUGCGUGAGGCACUUGGCUAUCCUGUACUUGGAGCCUACACCAAAGCCAUGGAUGUCGGCGGAGUCUUCACGCCUGGGGGCUGUCUCUCAAAUUUUGUUGCACUUUUGGCUGCGAGAGAAAAGUGUUUCCCUGGAUCAUGCUCGAAUGGUAUUCCAGUGCUGCCGAGCAAGAUCCGUGUGUUGGUACCAGACAUUGCAGAGAAUCGCUCAAUACGCUCAGCCAUGGCAAUGAUGUCUCUUGGAGAGAAUAAUAUCGUACCCGUUCCCGUUGAUGCCGAGUUUCAUAUGGAUCAAGAAGCCUUAAGGCGCAUCAUCAGCCAAGAGAAGGGUCUAGGGAAUAUCGUAAUGGCCUGUGUUGCAUAUGCAGGUGAUCCAACGUGCUUGAGGAUCGACGAUUUAUAUGGUCUAUCGCAGAUCCUGAAAGAGAAAGAUAUCUGGUUCCAUGUCGACGCCUGUCGCGGCAGCCAACUUGCCUUUUUAGAGUAA